CUCAAUUCCAUUAUCCAAAACCGAAGACGUACCGUUUGCCAUCCUAUCAAAUCAUGUCUUCCUCCCGAAAGAUCACCACAGCCGAGAAGGACCAAAUGAUCCAUGCCCUGCAGUCGCAUCGCGUCAACACAUUGAUCGAACUUCGACGCAUCGAGAAAGCCUUCGCACGACUUGGAUCCCCCGAUGUUACCGAGCCAAUGACUACGGCUUGGUCUUACUAUGUGAAUUCUCAUGGGCUCCUGACUGAGUUGCGAGGGCUGACGAGAGAUUAUCCGUUCAGUUCUGAAUGCGUAGAGGAGGCGAAGCGGCGCGUCUAUGCUGAUCCUCAGAGUAACCGAAGCUGGAACUUCUGCUGGCUGGUUCUUUCCAAGAUUCGUGACGACGAACUGAUUCAGUACUACGCUCAAUAUCAAGCAGAGGACCCUAGCAUGUGGGGAUAUCACGAACCCUCCGACGACGAUGUUAUGCGACUCUCACAGGCUUUCAUGGCUGAGUGGAACACCGCUGUCAACCACAUGCUUCGUCACUGGGACCAACCACCGCGUCGCUGA